AUGGACGAAGAGGCUUCUUUAAAACAACGUUUAUCUUUGGAUGAAAGACACGUUAAAUUACUAGAAAAAAAGUUUAUAAUAUUUUUACAAAAUCUGUAUAAUGAACCAGUAGAAUCAGCACAACUUCAAUUAGAAAAUCUGUUGAUUCUAUUAUUAAAUUACCAAACAAGUCUUGAACGUCAUCCUCUUACAAUCAAUGCAAAUAAUAAAGAAAUUGAACAAUAUAAAAGCCUAGGCGAACAAACAGACGUGAUUAAAGAACAAGCAGGAGGCGAUAUAGAAUCUUUAAGAGAACAAUUAAUUAAAGAACAGAAAAAGCGAAAUCAGAAAUUAGAAUAUGAUCGUGUUGCAAGAGAGAUUCUCAAAUAUGACACAAGAGAUGCAUAUAUAGCAUCUAUUGAUAAGCUUCAAAGAGAUAUUGAUUUAUUAGAGAGAGAAAAAAAACGAAAAUUGGAAGCUUUUGAACGCCGUAAAAGGAAUUUAACCACACUUGUUACUAAUCUUAAGGAAUUACAAAAAUCAGUGGAUGAUGAGCGUAGUAUAAUAACAGAAGAUCAGCAAAGAUUUGUGGAUAUGGAAAGAGGAUAUGUUUCCUCAGAUAACGACGAUGAUAUUGGAUUAUCAGAUAAUGAAUCAGAAAAUGAAAGUGAGAACCAACCUACUCAUUCUACAUACAAUAGAUUCCAAGAACGCGGUGAUGAUGAUGAGGACGAUGAUGAUGAUGAGGAAGAAGGAAUUGUAGUUGAAAUGCCUACAACUGUAAAUGAACAAGUUACUGAAUAGCUCAUUGUAUAUACAUAUACAUUCUCUAUAUAUAUUAAAGCAAUUAAUAAUAACAAGUGUUAAAAAUGACUCCUUAAAUGCAUUUUGUCAACGAGUUUAUGUUGAGUUAAAUUUAAAGAUGUAGCAUGGCUAGUACACAUGUAGAAUGAAAUUAGACUAUUGUAUUAUAAUUAGUAGUCAUAGGACGACUAUUAUUAGUCUUAUACAAAAUAGAGUUCAUAUAUAGCUACUCUGUAUUUAUAAGAACUAGAAGGGAUAAUAUGACCAUG